AUGCUGCUACAAGAUGUAGUAAAUACUAUUUUCUAUUUCCCCUCCUCCUCCCAACGUGGUGCUCUCCCCUCCACACACCUCCCAACGUGGUACUCUCCCCUCCACACACCUCCUCCCAACGUGGUGCUCUCCCCUCCACACACCACCUCCCAACGUGGUGCUCUCCCCUCCACACACCUCCUCCCAACGUGGUACUCUCCCCUCCACACACCUCCUCCCAACGUGGUACUCUCCCCUCCACACACCUCCUCCCAACGUGGUACUCUCCCCUCCACACACCACCUCCCAACGUGGUACUCUCCCCUCCACACACCACCUCCCAACGUGGUACUCUCCCCUCCACACACCACCUCCCAACGUGGUGCUCUCCCCUCCACACACCACCUCCCAACGUGGUGCUCUCCCCUCCACACACCACCUCCCAACGUGGUGCUCUCCCCUCCACACACCACCUCCCAACGUGGUGCUCUCCCCUCCACACACCACCUCCCAACGUGGUGCUCUCCCCUCCACACACCACCUCCCAACGUGGUACUCUCCCCUCCACACACCACCUCCCAACGUGGUACUCUCCCCUCCACACACCACCUCCCAACGUGGUACUCUCCCCUCCACACACCUCCUCCCAACGUGGUUCUCUCCCCUCCACACACCUCCUCCCAACGUGGUACUCUCCCCUCCACACACCUCCUCCCAACGUGGUACUCUCCCCUCCACACACCUCCUCCCAACGUGGUACUCUCCCCUCCACACACCUCCUCCCAACGUGGUGCUCUCCCCUCCACACACCUCCUCCCAACGUGGUACUCUCCCCUCCACACACCUCCUCCCAACGUGGUGCUCUCCCCUCCACACACCUCCUCCCAACGUGGUACUCUCCCCUCCACACACCUCCUCCCAACGUGGUACUCUCCCCUCCACACACCUCCUCCCAACGUGGUACUCUCCCCUCCACACACCUCCUCCCAACGUGGUACUCUCCCCUCCACACACCACCUCCCAACGUGGUACUCUCCCCUCCACACACCUCCUCCCAACGUGGUACUCUCCCCUCCACACACCACCUCCCAACGUGGUGCUCUCCCCUCCACACACCUCCUCCCAACGUGGUGCUCUCCCCUCCACACACCACCUCCCAACGUGGUGCUCUCCCCUCCACACACCACCUCCCAACGUGGUGCUCUCCCCUCCACACACCACCUCCCAACGUGGUACUCUCCCCUCCACACACCACCUCCCAACGUGGUACUCUCCCCUCCACACACCUCCUCCCAACGUGGUACUCUCCCCUCCACCCACCUCCUCCCAACGUGGUGCUCUCCCCUCCACACACCACCUCCCAACGUGGUGCUCUCCCCUCCACACACCUCCUCCCAACGUGGUGCUCUCCCCUCCACACACCUCCUCCCAACGUGGUGCUCUCCCCUCCACACACCUCCUCCCAACGUGGUACUCUCCCCUCCACACACCACCUCCCAACGUGGUACUCUCCCCUCCACACACCUCCUCCCAACGUGGUACUCUCCCCUCCACACACCACCUCCCAACGUGGUGCUCUCCCCUCCACACACCUCCUCCCAACGUGGUACUCUCCCCUCCACACACCUCCUCCCAACGUGGUGCUUCAACAUAGACAUGUAA